CAAAGGUUUCCUCUUGUGUAUGCUAAUCAGCUAAUGAUUCUGUCAUAGUAAAGCAGAAUUAACAGAAUAAUUAUAGUUAUAUUGCUAUAGACAUGGAAAAACAAGAAGGAAAAGGUCAGGGUGGCUCUCUAUGUGCAAAAAGCAGCAUUGCAAUUCAUUAGCGCUGGAAACCGUAGUUCUGAGUACAUGCUCUCCAAAGAGGUACAAGAAGCGGGUUUUGGAAUUGAGCCAGAUGAAUUAGCGGAAAUUGUUCAUUCCCAUGACACCAAAUCUUUGGAGCGCAAUGAAGGAGUUGAAGGUUUAGCUAAGCGUGUUUGUGUGUCUCUUCAAGAUGGUAUUCAUUCACAAGAUAUUUCACACAGACAGAAGAUCUUCGGUUGUAAUCAGUACACAGAGAAGCCGCAAAGAAGCUUCUGGAUGUUUGUUUGGGAUGCAAUGCAAGACUUGACACUCAUGAUCCUCAUUGUCUGUGCUGUGAUUUCAGUAGGUGUUGGAAUAUCAACGGAAGGUUUUCCAAAAGGUAUGUAUGAUGGAGUUGGAAUUAUACUUUGCAUUCUGUUAGUGGUAUUUGUCACUUCAAUCAGUGACUACAGACAGAGUUUGCAAUUCAAAGAUUUGGAUAAAGAAAAGAAGAAUGUCAGAAUCCAAGUCACAAGAGAGGGUAAAAGACAGAAGGUUUCGAUUUAUGAACUUGUGGUGGGAGACAUAGUUCAUCUUUCAAUAGGAGAUGUAAUCCCUGCAGAUGGAAUUUUCAUAUCAGGUUUCAGCUUGUUGAUUGAUGAAUCAAGCUUAUCUGGUGAGAGUGAAGCAGUGCAUGUUGAUCAUGAGAAGCCUUUUCUUCUAUCAGGGACAUCCGUUCAAGAUGGUUCUGCAAAGAUGCUAGUGACUUCUGUUGGUAUGAGAACUGAAUGGGGAAAACUGAUGGAUACUUUGAAUGAAGGAGGUGAUGACGAGACACCACUUCAGGUCAAGCUCAAUGGUGUUGCCACAAUUAUAGGAAAGAUAGGACUUGGUUUUGCAGUCCUAACAUUCCUGGUUUUGACUGGAAGGUACUUGUUGGAGAAAGUAAAACAUCAUGAGAUUGCUCAUUGGUCCAUGGAUGAUGCAUCAAAGCUUCUCAAUUUCUUUGCCACUGCUGUGAUCAUAAUUGUUGUGGCAGUUCCUGAGGGACUUCCUUUGGCAGUCACACUAAGCCUUGCGUUUGCAAUGAAGAAACUUAUGAAUGAUAAGGCACUUGUAAGGCACCUUUCGGCAUGCGAAACGAUGGGCUCGGCCGGCUGUAUCUGCACGGAUAAGACAGGAACCUUGACGACAAAUCACAUGGUUGUUGACAAGUUAUGGAUAUGUGAACAAACUAAGGCAAUAAAAAAGGGUGAUGGUGAGAGUGUCUUGAAGAAUUUUGUUCCUGAAGAGAUAUUUGAUCUCUUUCUGCAGUCUAUAUUUCAGAACACAGGCUCUGAGAUUGUCAAAGGGGAAGAUGGUAAGAACAAGGUCAUGGGAACUCCCACGGAAACGGCAUUGUUGGAAUGCGGAUUGAUGUUGGGAGGUGAUUCUAAAUCUUACAAUGACAAGUACAAGAUAAUGAAGGUUGAGCCUUUCAAUUCUGAGAAAAAAAAGAUGUCUGUGCUUGUGGCCCUUCCUGAUGGCACCAUCAACAAGUCUAGAGCAUUUUGUAAAGGAGCAUCAGAAAUAGUUCUCAAGAAUUGUAACAAGGUUAUUAAUGCAGAUGGGAAAGUGGUGGAUUUGAAUGAAGAACAGAGAAAGUGCAUCAUAGAAGUAAUAGAUGGUUUUGCUUGUGAGGCUCUGGAGGAUAACUACACAUUCGUAGCAAUUAUUGGAAUCAAGGAUCCAGUGAGACCUGGAGUUAAAGAAGCUGUGAAGACUUGUUUAGAAGCUGGAAUCAAUGUUAGAAUGGUAACUGGUGAUAACAUAAACACUGCUAAAGCCAUUGCUAAAGAAUGUGGCAUCUUGACAGAUGGAAUUGCUAUUGAGGGACCAGAAUUCAGGAAUAAAAGCCAGCAGGAGUUGGAGGAGAUCAUACCAAAACUCCAGGUGAUGGCUAGGUCCCUGCCUCUUGACAAGCACAAAUUAGUAACCCAUUUGAGGAAUGAUUUUAAUGAAGUUGUGGCAGUGACAGGUGAUGGGACCAAUGAUGCUCCAGCAUUACAUGAGGCUGAUAUUGGACUCGCCAUGGGUAUUGCAGGGACAGAGGUUGCAAAAGAGAAUGCGGAUGUGAUUGUAAUGGACGACAACUUUGCCACCAUAGUGAAUGUUGCCAAAUGGGGUCGUUCUGUUUAUAUAAACAUACAAAAGUUUGUUCAGUUCCAAUUAACAGUCAACGUUGUAGCUCUCAUGCUAAAUUUUGUUUCAGCAUGUGUCUCAGGCUCUGCUCCUCUUACCGCUGUUCAAAUGCUUUGGGUGAACAUGAUCAUGGACACACUUGGCGCAUUGGCAUUGGCUACUGAACCUCCCCAUGGUGGACUCAUGAAGAGGCCACCUAUUGGAAAGGACACCAAAUUCAUAACCCCUGUCAUGUGGAGGAACAUAAUUGGUCAGAGUAUUUAUCAAACUAUUGUCCUGUUGCUACUCAAAUUUCGCGGCAAGCAGAUUCUCAAGCUCAGUGAUUCUGAUUCUACCCUACUCAAUACUGUCAUAUUCAACGCCUUUGUAUUUUGCCAGGUGUUCAACGAGAUAAAUAGCCGUGACAUGGAAAAGAUAAAUGUUGUAAGAGGCAUGUUGAGCAGCUGGGUAUUCCUUGUGGUGAUAGCAUCAACAGUAACAUUUCAAGUGGUAAUAGUUGAGUUUUUAGGAACAUUUGCACAAACAGUGCCACUGAGUAAGGACUUGUGGUUAUUCAGCGUGUUAAUUGGUGCGGUUAGUUUAGUGAUAGCUGUUGUCCUAAAAUGCAUUCCUGUUGGUACCACUGACUCCCAUUAUCAACCUGCUUCUCAUGAUGGCUACGAGCAGCUACCAAGUGGACCUGACAUGGCAUGAACCAUCACACUAUGAUCUUCAUUAUAAGCUUUCAUAAUGAAGAUAUAUCAUAAAUUCCUCUUGCGCAUUUCUCUCCAUCCCAAUUCCAAUUUUUUUGG